AAGUUAGGGUAUUCUUUGUAAAAUAAAAGAGAGGAUAGACAGAUCAAAGGGUUAUUGUCCAUACCCAAACAAUGUGGACAAUGUAAAUCUAUCUUAUAUAUAGCAUUGAAAAGUUAUAUUCGAUAUGUAAUUGGCGUAUAAUCUUUCCUUGAGAACUGGAAUACUAUAAAUAUAUAAACGAUAAAAGUUUUUGUAAAGGAUAUUUCAUUUGAGUAUAAUAAAUGUGAAAUUUAUCAAUAACCGAUUGAGGAGAAAUGACGAUCUUAAUAAGUAAUGUACUGAUUUAAUAUCUUAAAAAAACGACAUGCGUUGACAAUAUAGUCAAACGAAAGACUGGAUUUAAACAUUAAAGUGACAGGAAAGAGAAAAGAAAAAAAUAUGCGAGAAUUCAGACUCAUUUUGACAUAUUUGGUUAUAUUUUCAAGACUUGUUUUGCCGGUAGAUGGCGUUUAUAGCGCGGCAAAGGAAACAGAGAUUCGGUCUGAAACUGUAUUAGCUGCCGGAUAUGACAUGAUUUCUCGACCGUCUGCUACAACCACCGUUAAAGUAGGCAUCAGCGUGCUGGCAAUAGAUGAGCUUGAUCUGAGGAGUCAGAAAUUUCAAGCUGCAGGAUGGGUGACCACUGAAUGGGAAGAUAACCGGUUAACAUGGACACCAGCAGCAAAAGAUGAUAUUGAAGAAAUAUUCUCUAAACCUGGUAACAUCUGGAAACCGGAACUAGUUGUAGACAACUCGUAUGUACUUUUAUCUUAAUCAGCUAUCAAAAAAGGCGCCGUAUGUGAUCUGAUUAGUUAUCCCUUCUGAAUGUAAACGACAAUAACAU